UCGGCCUCCCUUGCACCAGGCACCCUUGGGCUACAGGGGAAUGUGUGUGGGGGCAGGGUGGCUGCAGCUUCAGUCCCUGCCCCUCCAGCCCACAGCCCCCAUCCCGCAGACAUUCCUGGACCCAGAGAGAGCAGCUGCUGCUGCCCCGCCAUCCGCCAGGUCCGGCCACUGAGCAGCCCCUCGGAGCCCCAGUUCCCCUUCCCCCCCAGAUGACCUGGGAGGAGGCCCCCUCGAGGAUGACUCCUCUAGCACCCUGGGACCCCAAGUACGAAGCCAAAGCAGGGCCUCGGCUGGUGUGGGGGGCCAACUGUAGCUCAGGAGCCUCCUUCUCAGGCCGGACGCUAUGUCACCCCUCGUUCUGGCCGCUGUAUGAGGCAGCCUCGGGCAGGGGUCCCCGGCCCAUGGCCCUUGCCACAGGGCCUCAGAAUGGACAGCAGGUGCACCCAGAUGCAGGGUUCCCGGUGAUGUGCUGUGAAGACGUCUUCUUCUCAGACCCUCUGCUGCCCCAGGGACAGCGCGUCCCCCUGUACCUCUCCGAGGCCCCCCAGCAGGUGAUGGGCUCCCUGAAGCUGCUGCCGCCACCCCCCAUAAUGUCCCCCUGGGUCUUCCCCAGCCUGUCACCCUCCCCAGGCCGCUCCACCGCCUUGCUCAGUGGGCCAGAGCUGAUAGCUCUCACUGGCCUGCUGCAGAUGAGCCAGGGGGAGCCCAGGCCCAGCUCCUCCGCGGCUGCCACACCCGCUGCUGGCCCCCCAGACCCUGCCUCUGACCCACCCAGCCCCUGAGAUGGCCCCAGCCGUUUUCACAGUGCUGACCCCUCUCUCCCACAGACCCCAGACACCCAUUGUUCAUAGCCUUCUUGGAGCAGGGUGGGCUGGUUGUGUUGACAAUAAAAGUGUUGGUUUGCAAAA